GCCCAACCAACCAGAAUGACCUACCAAAGUGGGAGGAGGUUGGGAAGAUGGGAGGAUACUCCUUUAUCCCCCAGCCUGCUUCUCGGGGGACUUCUGGCCUCACAAUGUGGACAGUGGAUACCUAAGUCUGAGUCUGAGGGCAUCAGUAAAAUAUGAAAUAAGGGGCAGGGAGCCCAGUGCAGGGUAUGGAGCCAUCUCAAAACUUGUAAGUUGGGGGAGACUAUUUUGGCCGCCUCUGUGAUUCUAGAGAACUUCUGAAAGAAUUAUAAGAGAGUGAAGCAGGGCUGGAUACAGGCCAGCAGGAAAGGGAGGGCUCCAAAGAGGGCUUUCCACAAGAAAACAUGAAAGACUACAUCUGUGGACUCACCAGGCUCCCCUAAAGCCUGAAGGGUCCACAAGAGAGGCUCAGGUGCACCAACCACGAUGCAGCAGCUACGAGUGGAGACAGAUGCCAUCGGGGCCGGCGAGGGGCCGCAGCGCGCGGUGCCCUGGUCAGCCUGGGUCUCCCGGGAGGGCUGGGUGCGCUGGUGCAUGUGUCACGUGCCCCCGAGCUGGACCCAGUGGUGGGCUACGUCCGGCUGGCGGCAGCCGCUGCAGCGUGUGCUGUGGGGUCUGGAGGGGAUCCUCUACCUGCUGCUGGCCCUGAUGCUGUGUCACGCGCUCUUCACCACCGGCUCCCACCUCCUGAGCUCCCUGUGGCCUGUGGCGGCUGCGGUGUGGCGCCAUCUGCUGCCGGCCAUCCUGCUGCUGAUGCUCAGCGCCCUGCCCGCGCUGCUCUUCACUGCCUCCUUCCUGCUGCUGUUUUCCACACUACUGAGCCUCGUAGGCCUCCUCACCUCCAUGUCUCACCCAGGCAAUGCUCAGGACUUGGACCAAUAGAAGGGCAACCCCAUCCCGCUGCUUGUGUCUGUUGAGCCCUGGCCUAGGGCCUGAGGCCCAGGGGAGAGGGAGGGCAGUGGGACCAGGGCCUUUCUGUGUCAGCAGGCCCCCGACCUACAGGCUAGCUGGGAUUGGGUGGGACAUGGGUGAUAUUGCUGGAGCUAGCAAGAUAGACUGGCCUGACCUCUGGGCACCUCCCUCAAGCUGAUGCUGCAGAUACUUGGUGUGGAGGGCCAGAAAUUUUGAGGAGAUGUUAGGGCAGAAGGCUCAGCCAGGAGCGGAGCUUGGCCAAGCCAUCAAGAGUUUCCACAUGCAUGUGCUGAUGCUACUGGGGUCCCCUUAGCAGCUGGCAGCAUCUUUUUCUUGCAGCUGCUCAAUUGUCUCAGCUUUAGACUCAUAGCAACUUCUACCUGUAUUUACCAUUCCCCCCACCAACCGCCUCUUUUCACUUGCCCAGGCUCUAGAAAGGGCUCAAUGACAAAAUGUAGCUGGGAGAGGACUAGCCAGAAUCCUCAUGAGACCUCAGGCUUCACCUUCCAGAUGUUUCUGCCCAAGCAUUCCCCACUCCCUAGACUUCCUACCUCCUGCCUCAUCCACAUCCCCAAGUCUGGGAAAUGAGCCAACCAACACAGUGAGUUUCUCAGGGAAAACUUAUUCUUUAAGACUCCUGAGGUUUGCUAUGGAAAAACAAACAAGAAGUCCCAGUUCACCCACCUAUGCAGUGUGUGACCUUGGCCAAUUAAUUCUUUUGAGCCUUGGUAUUAAGUGGGUCCUGUCAUGGAGCUGCUGUGAGUCAAAGGCAAUAAUAACUGUGUGUGAAGUACUUUGUAAAGACUAGAAAACUGUAAGAUAUUGUAUGGAACUAUAAAGAGCAGAAAGCUUCUCUAGGCCUUCAGAGAAAUGUUCUGUCCUGGAUACAGUUUGGACCCUACAAUGUUAAGCGGAGGAUGGAUGAGUGUGAACAAGAGGUAUAAUGUCGUAUGCCCUGAAAUCUCAAAAUAUCCUGGUGUUGAACUCUUCUGACUGUGAAAUGCUCAGUGGGGCUUGGUGCCGGGAGAUGGCUUGCACAGCCAUGUGAAUGGGGAAAACAUAGCCCAUGGGUUUCUAAAACCAACCCAACAAGCUGUUUACAGCACCAGCAGAGCCUUGGAAGGUGGCAUCCUUCGAUGCCCAGGAUGCUGGCUUUUCACAUCUCAGCUAACCCUCCAGACAAAACAGUGAGUGAUUAGUCACUACAAGUAAGAUACAUAAUAGGUAAGACCCACCUACCUGACCCCCACCUAACACCAGGCCUCCACUUAAUCCUUGACCCUCACCAAUUCCUAUCCAGUCUUGAUCCCACUACAUACAUCACCUUAAAACCCUCGCUCCUAUAUCCCUCAACUAAAAGCCUCCUCUCUGGCCACCUAAAUACUCAAGCCCUGUGAACCAGCCCCUAGAACCCACGUUCAUUUUUGCUAAAACCCAUUCACUGUGGAGUUUCAUAACCCUGCGUGCCACUGAUCAGAUGCCUUCAGUAUCAGCUCUUGAAACCCCAGACACAGUCCUUCCUUCCUUUUUCCUUCCUGUUCUCCCUGAAAUAUGGCCUGGUAGCAAGGUCAAGGCAGGCCAUGGAGGUGGAAAAGCGUCAUAGCUAUCAUGGGCUCUGGUGUAUUAGCUCAAGCUGGGUUUGAAUCCCAGCACUGCCACUUUCCAGUCCCACAGCUUUGGUAAAAAUUGCUAACCCUUCUUGAACUUCAUUUUUCUGUUGGUUAAAACAAAGGCAAGCACACCUGUCCUGGGGCACCCAUGGAGCAUCUGAUAUGUGGGCAAAAUUCCUGGACUGACUCCUCACACCACAAACUGUAGUUAUGCUAUUACUAUUCCAUUUUAGAGAUGAGAAAUCAGGCUCAGGAUAGCUACUUGCCUAUGGUAAGGUCAGGUUGUUUGAGUCCUAGUCCAGCCUGACAGGCUACUAAA